AUGCACUUCAUCACCUUUGGUACUCUCGGACUCUACAAUCAGUAUGCACGUCAGCUAGCUCAGAGCGCACUCGCAGCCGGAUUCGACACCGCGACCGUCUACGACGAGACGCACCUCGAUCCCACGUUCCUAGCUUCUCAUAAAGAGGUGCUGGCGCUCCCUCGUGGUUUCGGAGCGUGGUGCUGGAAGAGCUAUUGCAUGCUCAAACGGUUAGCGGAGCUAUCCGAAGGUGAUAUAGUGACAUACUGCGAUUCCUUAUACAUUUUCAAGAAGGACAUCAGAGAGACCGCAGUGAAAUGGUUGAAGAGCCGCGACCUGGUGUUGUUCGAGAACAAACCAUCCGAGCCGAGCUUCUCAGAAAAGAACUGGGCUAAAUACGAUGCAUUCCAUCUGUUGAAUGCCGACCCCUCCGUGCAUGGGGAAACGACGCAGUGCUGGGCUGGAUUCGUAAUGGUGCGUAAGACUGCCGAGACCGUACGUUUCAUACGAGAAUGGCACGAUAGAUGUGCGGACAUACGUCUCAUGAACGACGAACCGAGCGUCUUCGGGAAAGAGUCGCCUGGAUUCAUCGAAGGGCGUGAAGAUCAAAUGGUCCUCAGCUUGCUGAGCAAGACGAAGGAUCUAGGGUACCCUUUUUUGCAAUUUCCCGCAGAACUCCUGUACAACGUCAGGAUGGGCAGGAUUCCCGUCGAUGAUAUGCGCGCGCCUGACGUCGUCGUCGUCGUUCCGAACGAGAGCCCCCCCGAGGUGAGAAGCCCCGUGUUCUGCGACCCACCGGCCCGUUGCGAGCGGCAGGUCGGCACCCUCACCACGCUCAAGGAAGGCGGCAGUUCGGAGAACCGCGUCCUCCCCUUGUUCGCCGAUAAGAGCUGGGCGAACCGGGACCGUUUCUUCUACAGCGCACGGACGGACGGCUUCAACCCCUUGAUCGUGCCGGUCUUCCACAAGGGUAGGAAUUGCAUGACGGACCGGAUCGGGUGCGAGACCCUCUACGACGGGGACACCGUGCAGGUGCCGGCCUUUGGCGAGGGCAAGACGUUCGCCGUCAACCUGUACCAGGACUUGUACUGA